AUGGCAGUGCCGACAGAGACGAAAUGCUGGGUCAUGGCAAGGAAACCACAGGGUCUUCCAACAUAUUCGGGGAAAGAUGCGACGUUUGAACUCCUGACAAAGGCAUUGCCCGAACUCCAGCCCAAUCAGGUCCUGGUCGAAGCCUUGUACCUCAGCAACGAUCCUGCACAGCGGACAUGGAUGUCGUUGGAUGUUUCAGCGAAGCGUCAUUAUGUGCCGCCAAUCGAGUUUGGCUCGGUUAUGAGAGCUAGGGGAAUAGUCAAAGUCCUACGAAGCACGUCGAAAGGCUUCAAAGAAGGCGAUCUGGGCUAUGGUCCAGUAGGCUGGUCUGCAUAUGGGGUGCUCGAUGCAGAUUCCGUCCGGCCUCUCUCGCCCUUGCCAGGUGGAAUGGACAUGACCCUCCAUGUCGGUACCCUUGGACUGACCGGCAUGACCGCCUACUACGGGUUGAUCGAGAUUGUGCAGGCGAAAGAGGGUGAGACUAUACUUAUCUCGGGUGCUGCAGGUGCAACAGGGAGCAUGGCCGUUCGAAUCGCCAAACAUCUCGUCAAGGCUGGGAAGAUUAUUGGAAUCGCGGGGACUGAUGAGAAAUGCCGAUGGGUUGAGAAACUCGGCGCUGAUCUGUGUUUGAACUACAAAAGUCCCACAUUUGGUGACGACUUGGCGAAAGCGACAGAGGACAAACUCAUUGACGUCUUCUUCGACAAUGUGGGAGGUGAAAUGUUGGACAGUAUGCUCUCCUACAUGGCCAUGUAUGGUCGGGUAGCCUUGUGCGGCGCCAUCUCCAUCUACAACAGCUCGAGCGCAACUCUGUUGAAGAACUUCCCACAGUUGAUCACGAUGAGGCUGAACUUGAGGGGUUUUGUCGUGCAUGAUUUCUCCAACGAUGAAGCGAAGCGAGAGCAGUUCAUUCAGGCGAUGCUGGAGAGUGAUAUUCUCACUGCGAAUGAUGGGAUUCAAGACACUGUUGUUACUGGUAUAGUUGAAGACAUUCCAAAAAUCUGGUUGAGGUUGUUUGAUGGAGGCAAUCAAGGGAAGUUAAUUACCAAGUUAGAAUGA